AUGUACAUCAAGCAGAUCAUCAUUCAGGGCUUCAAGAGCUACAAGGAACAAACCGUUAUCGAACCCUUCUCCCCCGGCACCAACGUCAUUGUCGGUCGCAAUGGAUCCGGCAAGAGUAACUUCUUUGCGGCCAUCCGCUUUGUUCUUAGCGAUGCCUACACUCAGAUGACCCGCGAGGAGCGCCAGGCGUUGUUACACGAAGGAUCAGGAUCGGCGGUUAUGUCCGCUUACGUCGAGAUUAUCUUCGACAACAGCGACGAGCGCUUUCCUACGGGAGGCAAGGAGGUCAUCCUACGCCGUACCAUCGGAACGAAGAAGGAUGAAUACUCGGUCGAUCGCAAAGUAGUAACCAAGAACGAUGUCGUGAACCUGCUCGAAGCGGCCGGUUUCUCGAGGUCAAAUCCUUACUACAUCGUGCCCCAAGGCCGCGUCACCGCCCUGACAAACAUGAAAGAGUCGGACCGGCUUACUCUGUUGAAGGAGGUCGCCGGAACCCAGGUUUAUGAAGCGCGCCGAACGGAGUCGCUCAAGAUUAUGAACGAGACCAACAACAAGAGAGAAAAGAUCGACGAGCUUUUGGGCUACAUCAAGGAGCGCCUGGCCGAGCUCGAAGAGGAGAAGGAGGAGCUCCGUGGCUUCCAGGACAAGGAUCGUGAGCGUAGGUGCCUCGAAUACGCGCUCUACUAUCAAGAGCAGCAGCAAAUCCAGGAACAACUCGAGAGAAUCGAAAAUAUUCGCCAAAGUGGACUGGACAACACCGACUCGAUACGCGCGGAGCUCAAGGAGGCCGAAAAGAUGCUGGCCAAGUUGGAAUCCGAGAUCCACAAGCUCACAAAGGAGACGGACCUGCUCAAGGUCGAGCGCCGUCAACUCGAGGAGGAUCGUCGCGAGACUGCCAAGGCGAAGGCCAAGGCAGAACUCAAGGUAAAGACCUUGUCCGACGGUCAGUCGGCAGCCGUCCAAGCCCAGCAGCAACAUGAGGCCGACCUCGCGGCGACCAUUGAGGAGAUUUCGGCAAAAAAGCAGGAGCUCAACAACGUCGUUCCGGAAUACACGAGACGAAAGCAGCAGGAAGUGGAAAAGAAGCAGCAGUUGGAUACGGCCGAAGCCGCGCGGAACCGCCUCUUCACCAAGCAAAGUCGCGGCUCCCAGUUUAAGAACAAGGCCGAGCGUGACAACUACUUGAGGGCGGAAAUCGAGGAUCUGCAUUCUAGACUCAUGAGCCACAAGGCGAACAAGAUGGAUGCCGACGAGGAUGUUACUGCAACUGAGAGGUCGAUCAAGCAAUUAGAGAGUGACGUCGCCAACUUGAGGCAGCAGCUGCAAAACUCGGGCGGUGCUCGGAACGACCUGCUCGAGGAAUUGAGCAGAGCGAGAGAGACACUGGACAAACUCGACGACGAGAAGAAGCUUCUAUGCCGUGAGGAAGAGAAGCUCGAUACCAUCUUGCAGGAUGCCCGACAGGAGAGGGACCGGGCAGAGCGCGAGUUGAGCUCUAUGAUGGACGGCGAUACCGCUCGUGGUCUUGCCACGAUCCGGCGGCUGAAGCACGACCAGAAUAUCCCCGGGGCCUAUGGCACUAUGGCGGAACUCCUCGAGGUCAGCGACACCUACCGCCUGCCCGUCGAGCAGAUUGCAGGCAACAGCAUGUUCCACUACAUUGUCGACAAUGACCAGACAGCGACCUACUUGACGAACCACCUUCGUACCCACUACGGAGGCAGACUUACCUUCAUGCCUCUCAACCGCCUUCACCCAAGGCACAUCACCAUGCCCAGAUCUCAAGACGGCAUUGUGCCGCUCUUGAGCAAGAUCCGCUACGACCCGAUGUACGAGAAGGCCUUUCAGCAAGUUUUCGGCAAAGUCGUCGUGUGCCCCAACCUGAGCAUAGGAGGCCAGUACGCAAGAAGCCACGGCGUCGACGCAAUCACGCUGGACGGUGACACCACGAACAAGAGGGGUGCCAUGACUGGUGGAUACAUCGACCCCCGGCGGUCCAGACUAGAAGGCGUUCAGGCUGUCAACAAGUGGCGAGACGAGUAUGAGCGGCUCCUGCAGCAGUCUGAUCGGAUUAGGACCCAGAUCGAACAGAAGGAGCAGGAAAUCACCCGCGCCAUGGGCGAGGUGCAGAAAGCCGAGCAGAAGCUCCGGCAGCUAGAAGCUGGAUUCGAGCCCUUGCGGCACGAACUGGCCAACAAGAACGGCCAGCUCGAGCACGAGAAGAGACGUCUGAACGACGCCAUCAGGCAUCGCGAAGCGGUCGAGAGGGACAUGAAGAUAUUCACGGAAAGUCUCGCCGCGAACGAAUCCGAGCUUGCGUCCGACUUUAAGAAGUCUCUCAGUAACGCUGAAGAGAGGCAACUUGUCGAGCUGGACGCGCAGGUGCAGCGGCUCCAGAGGGAGUGGAACGAGGCCAGUAAGAAGCGCAGAGAAGCAGAGAGCCGGAAGCAGAUCCUCGAGACAGACAUCAACCAGAACCUCCAGCUGCGUCUGGAUCAACUCAACAGCCAGGCCUUUGAGAACAACACGUCGUCUGGCGACUCCGGUAGCCUUAAGGAGGCCCAGCGGGAGCUCAAGAAGCUGCAGCGGGAAACCAACGCCAUCGAAGCCAAGAUCAAGGAGGUCGAGGCGAAGCUCGAAGAGCUGGGCGGCAAGCUCGACCGUCGCGAAGCCAAAAAGGCGGAGCAGGAGGAAAUCCGCAGCACCGUCGCCGCGAAGGAAGCCAAGCAGCGCGGCACCAUCGAGAAGAGCAUGUCCAAGAAGGCGGUAUAUACGGCCCAGGCUGCUGACGCGGCUAAGGCCAUCAGGGACCUCGGCGUCCUCCCCGAAGAGGCCUUUGACAAAUACGAGAGGAUGGACCCCAGACAGAUCGACUCGAGGCUGAAGAAGGUGCGCAACGCCUUGAAGAAGUUCCAGCACGUCAACAAGAAGGCGUUUGAGCAGUACAACAGCUUCACCUCGCAACAGGACCAGCUCCUCAAGCGACGCAAGGAGUUGGACGCCUCGCAGGAGUCUAUCGAGGAGCUCGUUGCCCACCUUGACCAGCGCAAGGACGAGGCCAUCGAACGGACCUUCAAGCAGGUGUCCAAGGAGUUUGCCACCAUCUUCGAGAAGCUGGUGCCGGCCGGUCACGGCCGUCUGGUUAUCCAGCGCCGGACGGACCGUCGCGUCGACCCCGAGUCGGACGAAGAGCAGAACCGCGCCGUCGAGAACUACACGGGCGUGGGCAUCAGCGUGUCCUUCAACUCCAAGACCCUAGACGAGCAGCAGCGGAUCCAGCAGCUCAGCGGUGGUCAGAAGAGUUUGUGUGCUCUGUGUCUCAUCUUCGCCCUUCAGCAGACGGAGAGCAGUCCCAUGGUCAUCUUCGACGAGGUCGACGCCAACCUCGACGCGCAGUACCGCACUGCUGUCGCCAGUCUCCUCGAGUCCAUCUCCCAGGAGGCCGGCACGCAGUUCAUCUGCACCACUUUCCGGCCUGAGAUUGUCCACAUCGCCGACAAGUGCUACGGCGUCACCUUCCACAACAAGACGAGCUCCAUCGACUGUGUCCCUACCGAGGAGGCCCUGAGCUUCGUUGAGGGCGUCGCUGCAGGGAAGUGA